AUGGACGACCAAUCGAACAGGGCGCAUCGGCCCGCGAAGGAGAAGAAGAAAUAUGAGGGUAAAAACCCCAAGGCAUUCGCUUUUUCGAAUCCCGGAAAAGGUGGCAGACAAGCCGCGCGCUCGCAUGAUAUAAACGAGAAAAGGCUUCAUGUGCCUUUGGUGGAUCGGUUGCCUGAGGAGGCGCCGCCGCUUGUGGUUGCAGUGGUUGGACCUCCAGGUGUUGGAAAAACCACUCUCGUGAAGUCUUUGAUUCGCCGGUAUACGAAACAGACCCUCAGCACACCCAAGGGACCCUUAACUGUGGUGACGGCGAAACGGCGACGUCUUACUAUCUUCGAAUGCCCCUCCGACUCUCUAGCCAGCAUGAUCGAUGUUUCCAAGAUCGCAGACAUUGUACUCUUGAUGAUUGACGGCAAUUAUGGUUUUGAGAUGGAGACUAUGGAGUUCCUCAACGUCUUGGCCUCCAGUGGUAUGCCAGGAAACGUGUUCGGCAUUCUGACACAUCUAGAUUUGUUCAAGAAACCGAGCACUCUUCGCGCGGCGAAAAAGCGAUUGAAGCAGCGCUUCUGGAGCGAGCUCUACAAUGGUGCCAAGCUGUUCUAUUUGUCCGGCGUGGUGAACGGCCGCUAUCCUGACCGCGAAAUCCACAAUCUCUCCCGCUUCCUUUCCGUCAUGAAGAAUCCUCGUCCUUUGAUCUGGCGUAACUCUCACCCGUACGCUCUUGCGGAUCGUUUCCUGGAUAUUACACCGCCUACGCAAAUCGAAGAAAAUCCCAAAUGUGACCGUACCAUCGCUCUCUACGGAUAUCUGAGAGGAACAAACUUCCCCGCUCAAGGUGCCCGAGUCCACGUUCCUGGUGUGGGUGACUUAACGGUUGCUGGCAUUGAGUCUCUUCCCGACCCGUGCCCCACUCCCUACAUGGACCAGCAAAUUGCCAAAUCAUCUGGCAAAGGCAGCAAGCGCAGGCUAGGCGAGAAGCAAAAGCUCUUGUUUGCUCCCAUGUCAGACGUUGGUGGUGUUUUGGUCGAUAAGGAUGCCGUCUAUAUCGAUGUGAAAACCUCAAAUUUCGAAAGAGGUGACAGCGACGAUGACGAAGACCGCGGUCUGGGAGAACAACUUGUGGUCGGCUUACAGGGUGAGCGCAAACUGCUGGGUGAGGCCGAUGGCGGUGUCCGCCUCUUCAGCGGUGGUGAGGCCAUCGCCAAGGCAGAGGACGAAGAUGAGAACGUUGGCAGAAAGGAGAGGAGAAGAGUGAGAAUCAUGGAAGGGGAGCGUGAUCAGCAGGAUUUGGCUGAGGAUGAUGAUGAUGAAGGGUUCGAGAGUGGAGAAGAUGAAGAACUUGAUGAGGACGAAGAGGGAGACCUCAGCGAUGACGAGGAAGGCGAUCUGGAUGUAUCUGCUCCAGCAGACUUUGCAGCGAACUUCAGGGAGAGACAGAACGGCAGCGCAAAGCGUGAUGAGAAUGAUCUUGAGUUUGCCGAUAGCGAUUCUGAUCUUGGCUCAAUUUCGUCUGUGGAGGACCAAGAGUUGGAAAGCGAUGUCGAUGAGGAUGAUGUGGACGAGGAUGAGGAUGGUGCUUUUCGCUGGAAGGAGAACAUGAUCGCCAAUGCAAAGGCUCUUCAUGGCAAGCGACCAAAGUUCCGUACUGCUGACCUCUCACGGAUGAUGUACGACGAAUCCAUUGCCCCAGCAGAUGUGGUGAAGAGAUGGCGUGGUGACUACGACGACGACGCGGAAGAAGAUAUCGAAGAUGAGGAACCGGAAGAAGAGGACGAUUUCUUCAAGAAGACCAACACUGAGAAGGAGGAGCGAUCGGAUUAUCGCGCCGUUCCGGAAUUCGAUUACGAGAAGCUAGAACAGAAAUGGCAAGACAGUGAGAUGAUCGAGGCUCUGCGGAGCCGGUUCGCCACAGCCAAGUUAUCCCGCGGCGACGAUGAAGAUGAGGACGACGAUGAGGACCUUGAUGAUGCUUUCGACGAAGACGACGAGGGAGACGGCGAGUUCGAAGAUCUCGAGGCCGAUGAUGAGUUCAACGGACUCUCAGACAACGAAAACGACGAAGGUGCUGAGAACAAGGAGGAGCCCGCUGAUCUUGAAGCCGAGCGUGAGCGUAACGCGAAGAGGAAAGAAGAGUUGAGGUUGCGAUUCGAAGAGGAAGAUCGCGAAGGCUUUGCCAACUCGAAAGAUAAUGCGCGACAGGGAGGAGCGGCCGAAGAAGAGUUCGGUGAGGAUCAAUGGUACGAGCUGCAGAAGGCGAAGAUGCAAAAGCAGCAAGAUAUCAACCGUGCGGAGUUCGAUACUCUUGAUCCGGCUUCAAGAGCUAGAGCUGAGGGAUUCAAGGCUGGAACAUAUGCACGCGUUGUGCUUGAGAAUGUGCCUUGCGAAUUCGCGACCAAGUUCAACCCUCGAUUCCCCGUGAUUGUCGGUGGCCUGGCCCCGACAGAGGAUCGGUUUGGCUACGUGCAGGUCCGGAUCAAGAGACACCGCUGGCACAAGAAGAUCCUGAAGAGCAACGAUCCUCUGAUCUUCUCGCUUGGCUGGCGUCGCUUCCAAGCCCUCCCCAUCUACAGCACAUCCGACAGUCGAACACGAAACCGCAUGCUCAAAUACACUCCCGAGCAUAUGCAUUGUUUCGGCACUUUUUACGGACCCCUUGUGGCGCCAAACACAGGUUUCAGCUGUGUCCAGUCACUCUCGAACAAGACCCCCGGUUUCCGGAUUGCGGCUACCGGUGUGGUGUUGAAUGUGGACGAACACACGGAGAUCGUCAAGAAGUUGAAGCUUACCGGUGUGCCUUACAAGAUCUUCAAGAACACCGCCUUCAUUCGGGACAUGUUCAACACGUCGCUUGAAAUUGCCAAAUUCGAGGGUGCUUCGAUCCGAACCGUCUCCGGUAUCCGCGGUCAGAUCAAGCGCGCUUUGAGCAAGCCCGAGGGGUGCUUCCGUGCCACGUUCGAAGAUAAGAUCCUGAUGAGCGAUAUCAUCUUCCUGCGCGCAUGGUAUCCGAUCAAACCCCAUCGCUUCUACAAUCCUGUGACCAAUCUACUUGAUCUGGAGGAAGACGGGACUGGCGAUAACGGAUGGCAGGGAAUGCGUCUGACCGGUGAGGUGCGCCGUGAGAAGGGAAUCCCCACUCCUCAGAACAAGGACUCCGCCUACCACGCGAUUGAGCGACCUACCCGUAACUUCAACCCGCUCCGAGUGCCUCGACAGCUGGCUGCGGAUCUUCCCUUUAAGUCCCAGAUCACCAAGAUGAAGGGACACAAGGACAAGACCUACAUGCAGAAGCGUGCCGUGGUGCUUGGCGGCGAAGAGAAGAAGGCGCGGGAUCUCAUGCAGAAGCUCACGACCAUGCGGAACGAGAAGCAGGCCAAACGUGCCGCGAAGCAAGAGGAGAGACGCAAGGUGUACCGUGCCAAGGUUGCGGAAAGCCUGGAGAAGAAGGCGGAACGAGAGAAGAGGGAGCGUGAUGAGUACUGGCGGCGCGAGGGUAGGAAGCGGAAGGCUCAAGACUCAGAAGGCGGAGGUGGGAAGAAGCGCAGGUGA